UGUUUUUCGUGUCGGAAAGUUGUCACUCGAGCGGCUACUCCCGAAGAAACACUUCUCUCUAGCAUAUUCAGAGGUUUAAAAACUCUGUAGUGUCUUCUUAAAUGGGAUACAAAUCUGUUCUGUAAAGGCAAAUUUUUUAAAUGAAAAGUUGAAGGAUUCAGUCUCUGGAAGUCAGAUAAUCCGCAAUCAAGGCGGACCAAACAAUAGAUUGUGUGUGUUUUAAGUGUUCCCCGUUGUUGUGUUAUACUUUUAUGGAAUAAGGAAUUUCAUUCAGAGAUUUAUCAAUAAAAGUUUAACGUGAGUCGUAUCUAUUUUUAUGUUGAAGAAUCUGUUGUUCGACUCAGAAAAUAAUCAAGUGCAUUUUCUAGUGUUUCGAGAAAUCCCUUGUGUUCUAUUCGGUGUGAUCUCUGUCGGUGUAAACUUCGCCUUUGGACAAGUCCAAGGCCUCUACAUAAAAGUUUCCAGAGCAAGUGAAAGGUUAUCUAAAGUGAAUCAGUGAAAAAGACAAGCUACGGUAAACUGGAUUUAAUCUAAUAGCGGGGUUGAAUAUUCCAAGCUGACGAGUCUUGGAAAUACUGUGCGAAAAGCGUACAAAAUAUGAUUUGGAGUAAGUCUCGAGCGAACACUCUCAAUCACGGCGAAAAUGUUCCGACUAAUAUUGUUGAUGUGAUGCACUCGGCUCAGCUGGUCGUUAUCAACGUAGAAGAAGCAGCAGCAUCGAAACAACCGGAAGUGGACUCGUUACCUUUGGUGCAUCGUAGCAAUCUAACCGCUCAGUUGGGUGGUGAACCUAUGCAAAGCCUACUGCUGGCGGAAGUCUAUCAGAAGAGCUACAUUAACGAAGCCUACUACAAUCUAGACAAAGUUCUAUCGUGAAAAGUGCCGAUUUUCGGGGCGAAGCGAAGAAGAGAAAGCAAUCGGAAGCGGUUGAAGAGAAAACGGAAAGUUAUUGGUUGAAAUCCGCCGAAGAAGAGGCAAAUCCCCCGCAUCAGUGUGUUAUUUGUGUACAAUAGAAAGCCACAAGACGAAAUUGUUGCGAGCAAGCAAGUGAUAAAGUAAAACUUGUUGAGAGUAAAAGUUGUUACGAAGCAGCCAGCGAAGUGGGAAACCUGUUGAAAGAGAGAAGCGAAAAAUCGUGAUUGAAGCUUGUGAAGCAACAACCACGAAGUGGGAGUAGAAGAAGAGCCGCAAAAUCAUAUAAUCUACGGUUAUCUUUAUUGUUGAGUUGAUUUUGACGUCAUCAGUGUCCAGUUCGGCAAGUGUUCUCGAGUGCAAGUGCGAGCGGGAGUUCCGUCGAAAGUCUGAUUACAUAUGAAAAAAUACUUCCUGAACAAAAUGUCAACCGGCAAGCGCUUGGCAAAACGCUCCAUCAUUGGCACUCGGGUUUGCGCACCCGGUGCUGAUGGCAUCUGGUACUCCGGGGUCAUCCAGACCGUGAAGACCAACCAGAAGGACAACACCAACUGCAUUAACCUGACGCCGAACACGCGCUACUCGGUCCGCUUCGACAGCAAGCUGGACGUGGCGAAGCGCGGCCUGGCCCGGGAGUUCCGCGAGAGCGAGCUCAUCGGUCCCGGAUUCAAAACCAUUAUGGACGUCCGACUCAAGCCGGGCCAGAAGGUCUUCCUCACGUACAAUGGGCGCGAGAGCGCCGGCGAGGUGCUGCAGCACGAUGACCUAAAAGACGAGGUUACCGUUAAGAUUGUUCCCGUUGGACAAGAGGUAUGCAAACAUCCCACUAACGAUGAUCAGCCUCUUCCCACUAACGCCCCGAUCGAACUCACCAAACGUCUCGAAGAGGUUCGCCUGCUGGAGUCACGCCGCUCACCGCGGCUGGCCGAUCAGGAAAAGGACACGGACUUUGCCCGGCUCGCGGACAUGGCCGGCGACCGCCGACGACAAUCACACAGCAUUGAUGUGCCAUUCUCACUCACGCAACAAAAUGGAUCUCGUAAACGACGGCCCUCAUACUCACAGGACGAUCGGGAAUAUUACAGUAUUAACGACGACGACCCAAUGGACGAAUGCAACGCUGCCCUGGUACUUAUGAGACUGUCCUGUUCGCCGAAUUCUUCCGUGACGGGUUGGGAACCCAUUCUGGGCACCAGCUCCGGCAGUAGCAGCACCUCCUGGAGCACCGGUUCGACCACGCCACCACUCAGCGAAGAUGGACAUUCCACAUCACCGAACAGUAGCGCCGUCAGUAGCAGCAGCAGCAGCAACAGCAGUGUCAGCAGUAGCAGUAGCGGAAUUCACAGCAAUGGCGGCAGCCCACCAGGCAAUAACAGCAACAAUAACAACAACAACAACAACAACAGCACCACCACCAACAACAACAACACCAACACUGCCAACGCCAACGGUACCACCAACGAUAUUGUGAUUCGCGGUCCCAGGACCACAUCGAUCUCCGCCUCGGACGAGGGCAUCGGAAUGGACUACAACGAGGACAUGCCACGGAAGCGACGGGCGAGCCAACCAAUCUUCAAAUGCACCUGGAAGGGUUGUGGUGUCACCUACACAUCUUGUCCUGAGGUCACCGCUCACGUACGAAACGCACAUCUAGGUCCCCGCAAACCGGAAGAGGACAGCGACGAGGAGGAUUUCUUCUUCACCGAGAUUGAGGAUGAGAGUGACAGUGGCCUUAGUGCACCCCAUCCGCCAUCGCCACCGACUCUGAGCCACCGCGACAUGGCUCGACCCCCACAUGAGGACCCGGAGUACCAGCGGCAGCUCGUUGGUACCUACCGGCAAGGACUGCUCUCGAUGUCCUCGCAGCAGCAGUCAGCCCUACAGCAACACCCGCAUCUGCAGCACUAUGGCCAGCAGAUGCAGCAGCAGCACCAGCAGCAGCUCGGUGCCGCUAUCAAACCGCCACUGCCAGGGCACCAGGCCGCCCAGCUGCAGCUCCACCACCAGCAGCAGCAGCAACAGCAGCACAGUCUGAACAACAAUAACAACAACAGCAGCAGCAGUAACAACAAUGCAAUCAGCCAGCAGGCGCCGGGAAACAAUGGAAGCAGUGGCGGCACCAGCAGUAACGGCGGCGGCAGCAACAGCGGGGCCGUUCUCGCGCACAGCAACACGUCGCCGCUGAUCCAUCACAACUACACCUGGUCGCAAGUUAGUCCGGCCUCACCCCAGAAGCACGUCCGUCUGUCGCCCCGCCCGUCCUACCCAUACCCAUCGCCAAACUACUCAAACCAAAUAGCUCAACAACAUCACUACCAACAGCAGCAACAGCUCAGCCAGAUCCAGCUCUCCCCCGGCGGUACCAAUUACCACCAGCAGUCCGCGCUCAGCGGCAUCAGUGGUACCGGGUCGUCCGGCACCGGUCAGGUGCAGCCGCUCAGCGGUGCCGGCUCGUUCGUCACGUCGGGAUCCAGCCCGGGCUCGGCGGGCAGCAACCGUUCGCCCCUGUCACCCAACCGCCGAACGCGGGGCGAGAACAAAAAGUGCCGCAAGGUGUACGGAAUGGACCACAAAGACCAGUGGUGCACCCAGUGCAAGUGGAAGAAGGCCUGCAGCCGCUUCGGGGACUGAUCGUCCAAGUCGCGGAAGCCACCGCCGCCGGCGACGGCGUCGGCGUCAGCCCUUUCACCGCAAUCGCAGCCUGCUGCGCUAACAGCGCCCCUAGCGGCUGCGGUGGCAAACCACCACCACCACAACCAUCAGCAACAACAUCAGCAGCAUCACAGCAGCAGCAGCAGCAGCAACAACAACAAUAGCAGCAACCAUCAUCACCGACAGCAGCAAUCAGUCUGAUGCGUGCGUGGUGACGGGUUGCGCGAUAAAAUGGCGUAAAUGGUUUAGUGAGAGCGAGUAGUACGCAUUGUCGUGUGAGUGUGUUAGUGAGCAGUGGUCGCACGCGUGCACUGUUGUACAUAUAGAAACGUGAUAUAUUUUAGCGAGAAUGUUGAUAAGAGUGUUUAUGAUAUAAAGACAGAAAAUGACAGGAAAAUGCGAAAAAAUUAUGGACAUCAAUUCGUAAAGAGAUAGUUUGUAGGUUCUAUUGAGUGUAUAUGUUAGCUAUUUAUAUUCUCAGCCAGCGCAAGUGGAAAAGUCGCAGCCCGAUACCCGAGACAAUUGUAUAGAAGCAGAGGCAGAUUUGAUCUGGAGCAUGAUAUAACAAAAAACACACACUGAAAAAAAAAACACAAAUACCGGAGACCGGGAAAACAGAACGUCAUUGCAGAAAUAGAACAUAUUUUUAUACCAACAAACCACAACAACAACUACUACAAUAAGUACCAUUAUCAGAACAAUAGUGUGACUCUAAAACCAAAAUCAAAUCUAUCCUGCACGUUGUUAAGCAUUUCAUAUUUUUCAAAUUUUACACCCCACAGACGUUGAAAGCUAAUUUUUAUCAUUGGAUACAAAAAAGUUUUAGAAGCUUCAAAUUGCAACCGCUUGUGAUUUUUUUUAUUAAAACACUGUUACAAACACACACUGUGUAAAUAUGUUUAAUUGAAAAGUAAAUCGUACUAAAACUGAAACGUAAGCAUCGCUGUUGUUCAAUCUAUUCUUUUUUGUUGAUUUUUGAAACUAUUGCCUAUUAUAAUACACAAGUGCGCUAAAUGUUGUAACAUGCUAAACGGUUUUUCUCCAGUCUCCACCUCUCUCUCACACACAAAAACUCAGACACAGUAAAACAAUGUGAAAACACAUACAUAUGACAUUAAAGAAAUAAAAUGGAUCUGACAUUUGGCAGUGUUGGCAAACAUCAAAGUCGACAGUGAACGAUUCCAUUCCAUCACUUUACCGAGCAAAACCCGACCUCGAUCGUGCGUGCUACCGAUCUGAACAGAAGAGAACAGGAAGGACGAACCAAUUGGCUUUUGAAUGAUUGUCUAUCUCUUUAUCGAAUUACUUGAACAUUGGAAGUAACAUUAAAAUCGAUCAAAAACUAUGGAAAGGACAUCCGUAACUAAUAAAAAAAAUGCAACAAGACUUUUAAAGGCUGAUUUAGUUUUUAAUAAUGAAAAAAAAACCAAUACGCAAAAUGAUGGAACAACCAUAACAUCAAAUGACAGCCCCUCCAAUUGAACAGCAGGGGGUGUUAGUAAACAAAGAACUGACCAUCAUAUCAGAGCUUGUGCUCUGCUUCGGUGUCGACACAUCUUGACAACUUGAACGCACACACUCACACCCGCCUUGCGGCACGUAACACUCCGUGCCGCUGUAAACAACGUAACAUCACAAUUAAAAACAUCAUCAACAACAAUAUUGGGGUGUGUGUUGGUGCGCGCUUAAAUGAGAAAAAAAUGCGAAUGAAACCACUGCCAAUAAUGUUAAAAAUAAAAGCAAAAAUGCAAAAAAAAAAAAGUAAAUUUAAAUUUACAUUGAAGCGAAAGCAAACCAACCAUUAAAGUUUAAAAAAUGACUAAUUAGCGCAACAUAAUACGAAAACAGGCAAAUAACAAAAACAAAAUCCAAACGAUAAUGUAUGUGUUAACCCAACUAUUCGACGUGUUUUCCAUGGUAAACAGUAAAGUGAAACAUCAAAGAGAGUAACCAACCAACUGAGAAAAAGAAAGUCAACUCAAGUAGGUGGGGGUAGAUCGACUAGAAGGCACCGCCGACGUCGAAGUGACCCUAGGAUUUAAAAACAACGCCAGCGCGGCAACACGCUGUAAGUAAGGAUAAACUUUACGUAAUUUUUAAGAAUAUAUCGAAGCAAAACACGUGUGCGACUGUAAACUAAGGAGUUGUUCGAAAACUACCAUUUUAAAAAUUGUGUGACAACAGGUAAAAUUGUGAUAUGAAUUCCAGGAAAACAAAGGACGUUUAAAUCCACGGCUGAAAGUAUUUCUCCGGUUUUUCCCAUGUUGUCAUCGUGUUAGAGAUUCCCACUUGAUACGGUUUUGUUUCCCGUUACGUUAGAACCUCCGAGAAUCUUUUUAUUUUACUCUUUGUUUGCUAAAUUCGAGGAAGAAGUGUCUCGAAUUUGCGGCGACAACCGAGCCGCAAUUGAAAGUUUUGUUCUGUGAUACUGGCAACACUUCGGCCGCGCUCCGACCCGGCGCCUUCGGUGGCUCUCUGCUGGGUGCGGAGAGGAGAUUUUGCGGAGAAGUAGCGGUGCUUCUUCCCGGUUGUUUCCAGCGAAAAAAAAAACGACGAAAAAACAAAACGCAAAUGGCUAGCGCGCUUCCUACUCUGUGAUAAACGGGUUUUUUGUUGUUUUUAUUUAUUGUUCUGGGGAAUGGUUGCAAUUCGAAGUUUAAGUGUAGUUGUAGCGGUUGUGUUCUUUUUCAAACCAAUCUAGUCGUCUGGUCGGGAAUGUUUUGUUUUAUGCAAUGAACGAAGUAAAUGCCCUGUUGCUUACGGGGGACAGACUGCGCCCGAAGGGCUUUAAAAUGAUUUUCGUUCAUUCAAAAGAUACCAAUUUAUGUAAUUUCGUGACAUCAGACUGAUAGAUUGUCAAGUUGGAAUCAGUUUUGACGAAUUUCGGUCAUACUUAAGUUGAUCGUUUAAAUAUUUUAUUGGGCGCCAUUAUUCCAGCUCGUACUAUGCCGUCAGUCCUUCGUUGAAUAUUUACACGCUUAGUAAGAUCUGCUCAGAUUGUUUAUGAUUUUCAUCACACACUCUUCGCAAUUCGCAGAAGUUAUACUUUGAAGGGAAUAACAUGAAAAAUCUGCGUAGGACUGGCUUAGCGUGUGUACAAAUUCAUAUGAACUGAUAGUUGGUCAAGUUUGGCGCCCAAAUAUCGAAAUUUAUGCCUGUAACAACAUUUUACAGUGGACUAUCAUCUCCUCGUUUUUGGACCCGCUUGGAGAGCAGGAAGCGCUGGGUAGAAACAUUAAUAUCAUUUUUCCUCAGGGAUUCUAAAAAAAAAAGUUUCGAAUUAAACGGAAAAGGACAGUGCCACCUACGGCAAAGAGAAACAAAAGAACAUAAAAAAUCACGGUUGUCAUGAAACCCUGUUUUUUCUUCACUCAAUAAACGUUAAUAAUUACAGACUACGAAGGCAAAAAUAACCAUUAGUAAGAAGAUCGUACGUAAAAUCUAGAUUAAAAAUGGCGCAAUCCAAUCAAAUAAUGAUCUCUCGCGGAUAGCCGCCUUCAAUAGAACCGGAAACCUGCUGUCCCACUUCCACGGGAGCUUCUUCCCUGCUGUGUGUGUAUUGUGUAUUUCCCCCGAGAACGGAUCCCAACUGUAAAUCAAAAAUCCAGAACCAGAUAUAAGCAGAUGAACAUAUUCCAAAGAUUUUACCUUUUGUCCCUACAUAUAAAACGAACGUAAUCCUAAUCGAUAGUUUGCGUAUGAAGAAAGCAGAAGCUGAAUGCAUAUAAAUAUUAUAUGGCAAUAAAGAUAAUAAAUUCUUUUGAGGCGCAAUCGAAAAAAAUAAUGAAUGAUGGCGUUCAAAUAUGACUGAUCAUCCAAAUCUUAACCUCAAAAGAAAACUUCAUAUGUACUGAAAUCCGAGGGGCGGAUCAAUCGAAGCAAUCGACUAAAAAGUGAAAAGCCAUCAACUGACAGCAACACCAGUGGAAUUACGCCCAUCCGAUCCAUCAAUUGACAAUCGAUGAAGCAAAGCAAAUUUUGUGUUUUCUUAUCUAAUUAAUGCACGGGAAAUGAAGGUAAACUGAUUGCUAAUAUGGCUGUUUGACGUUUAUUAGCCUUUCGUUGUCACAAGAAGUCGAAUGAUUACUUUGACUUGGAAAUGGCACCAACGCAACUCGCUCACAUUUGAGCGAUUCCGAUGGUGCAUCAUGGAUUGAAAGUCAGACAUCCUAAUGUUGCUGUUUUUAUUCAAUUUUGUUUGUAUGGUUUUCGUAACAUUUGCGACACACAAACACACAUGCAAUUUGAUGAACGAGAACAUCGUGGAUCUUGUUAAUGACUCUGAAUGACUAGUGACUCAACUAGUGAAGCCUCCGUGCGCAGGAUGGUAAGGAUGCCUCGGAGAAGGGGUAAACCCAUGAAUUAAAAGACUAAAUUUUUUUGCCUAUUUAUAUGUACAAACGUAUGAAGUUAGAAAGACAUGUAAACCAUAGUCAACCUUCAUUGGUAAUUAAAGUAGUGAAAUUUUGCAGAAACAUUAUUUUUUCGGGUAGUGCUGAACAGCAGCUGAUUAUCACAAUUAUGUAUGUGUGAGCAACAUCAAUUUACGAAAUGAAAAUAAAUCUACUAACGAACCUAUAGGUGUACGGUUUUUGUAAGCAAUUAUUUUUUAUAAAGAAUGACGAUAAAAUCUUUUCCCUACUUGUUACGCUUUUAAAAAAACUGCUUGUAACAAAUAUUCAACCAACAACAAUGAAACAUUGAUCAAAAAAUACAAGAGCUGAAGUACACAACCACGCCCAGAAUAUGCAAUUGUUCGAUAUCCCUCCACACAUUUUAAAACCAAAAAAAAAUCAUACGAAUAUUAUCCUACAUUCAGUACGAAAGUAAAGCGAAACGGUUGACAUUCGCACGCACGCAUACGCAUACGAAAAAUCGACGCGUCCAGUUUGAGCAGAUCUGAGAAGGCCAUGGGCAUGCACACGCCGACGCCAGUCAAUACAAACAACGAGGCCAGUUGCUGUUAUGACGCUGAGUCUCAUUUACGACGUACCGAGAAGCGUGAACAAGCAAUUUCUAUUACUCUUAAGUGACUAUUGUAUGAGAGCGAAAUCCACGCAAAUAUGACACCGUUCAACCUGUAUGUGUGCGUGUGUAUAACGAAUGUGUGACGAACAAUAGCGGAGGGAAAAUCAAAAUAAUCGACUGUAUUGUGUGUUAAAAUCAUAGCGACAUGAUUCAAAUUGUGUGUGUGUUUAUAGGAAUGGAAAACUUAUGAAACUUUUUUUCCUUCGAUCCGUAGAAAGUCGACUCCCCGUAAGUAGUCCCGUAAUUUUUCACACCUCAAAAUUAAAGCUAGAUUAUAGUAAUAUAAAUGACUUAUAAGUAAACCUAGUGGAGAUGAAUGUGUUAUUAAAAUGAACAAAUAAUGAGAAUACUUGAGAGCGUUUUUCCACAGAGAAAUGAUUUGUUUGCAAUAUACACACAAAUAUAUUCGGCAUUCUUCGAGUAACAUCGGUCACCAAUUCUCCACCGCAUCUUUGGCUUUUUUAUAUGGCAAUUUUGACACUGUCUUCUUGACAACUGCUGAACAGCCAUACAAAGAUAAAACUGUCACUUUUAUAGAAGAACUGUCAGAUGACGGCAUAAUCUGCUGAUUUUCAACGUUUCGUGGAGCUUUCAAUACGCCUUUUCAUGUGACUCUGCCGAGACUGUGCUUGUUUACAACCGCUGAACAGACCGUUAAAAUCCGAAGCUGUCACUUUCAUAGAAAAACUGUCAAUUAACGAUAAAAUCAGCUGAUGUUCAAACGUCACCUUCGUGGAACCGGAGGAAGGGCAGUAGGCGCUUCUGGAGGCAGUCAUCUGUUUGGCCGAUGAUGGUGCCGAGCAAUAUGCACGACUUGCUGAUAUUGCCGCACCCACAGACCUUCGUCUUUCGGAACUUCUCCGGAACAUCCAGGCGGGACUUGCCGAUGGAAAACUCCAGACCGGGGAUCUGUUUGGCGUCCGCUUUAAUGUACGUCUCGUCAUCCAUUACGAUGCAUUUCGGCUGCACUAAUCAUUCGUGGACGAGUUAGACCAAAGAAUUGACUACCUUGGCCACGUCCCACAUCGAAUGGUUCGGAUUUCGCUUGAAGCAAGCUCUCACCUUCCUUGCGAUCACGGGGUCGAUUGUCUUGGCAUUUCUUUCGCUGCCAGCUCGCCGCUGGGUCGUCUGGGUCUCCUUGAACGAUUUUACCACACGGACCACGGUCGAAUUGUCGAUUCCCAACCGUUUCACGAUUUUCCACGACCGCGCCCACAUUUUUUGUCGAAGCACUUCUUGCUUGGAAGCCAUCUCAAUAACCACUUGACAGAUUGUAAAGAUUUUUUUCACAUGUAAACAUCACACUCUAAAGCAGUUUUAUUCAAAAUUUCAACAAUUUUUACCCUUGCAAUGAAAAGUUAUAAACAAAAGAAAGCCUUUUACCACAGACAAACAGACGUAACACUAGAAAAUUACCAUCGACCAUGACUUCAACGAUCCAUUUGAAUUUGAUUGAUUGCGCAAUUCACAACUAGAGGCGCUAGUGUCGUAAUCCUUCGGGUUUGACAUUUCACUCCAGCGCCUUCUGGUGACGAUGUCAUACGAAACAUCGUUUCGUGUAACAUGCUCGCAAGAUGGUGGUAGAGCAGUUGGGCGAUGGAUUUUUCAGAAAAAUGUUCAAGCUGUUACGUCUGUUUGUCUGUGCUUUUGCAAUGCGUGUUCUUAUCGAAAUUCAGAAAUCAUCAUUCCAAUUGUCAAAUAGUGACAUUGACAAUUAAAAUUUUCUAAAUGAAUUUAAUUAUUUUGCCAUAAGAGCGACAAAAAUCAUAAACACGAUUAAAUCUGACAGUUUCAGAUUCUAAUUUCACAGCUAAAAUGGCCAAUGGUCUAAACGAAAGGAUUUCCAAACAGUUACUCGAAAGAUGCCGAAUUCGCGGAAGGAAGUAGUGGUGAUCUGAACAAGCCUUGAGGUGAUAUGAUCGCUCUUAAAAUGCAUUAGAAAAGCACAGAAGUCGCAGCAGGAAGUGAAGUAAUUUCAGUAUUUUUUGGUUACCGAUGAAGAGGAUUUACACAACACUCUCACACAAUACAAUUAGAAGAAGCUUUUUUUUCUCUCAAUACAAUGCUUUAUUUAGAUUUUUGUUCAUAUAAACUUUUGAAUAUUUGCGCAAUUCAGCGGAUGAACCAAUCUUUAAUGCUACAAUAAAUAUUGAUUCACAAGGGCAAAUAUUGCUUAUUAAAUAUAAACGUUAUCAUUAAAAGUCACUACAGCGUCUUUCUCAUUAUGAUAAGUUACGGUAAAUACAACAAAAACAGCGAUUACACACGUUGGUUCACAGCGGUAACAUUUGCGGUUUUGUUUUUUUUUACGGGAGGUUAGUUUCGAACGUGUGCCGCUGUAAGGAUCUUGUACUAUUUUUUAUCUUAUUUAUGGGCCAUUUAUACCUAAGAUUAUUCAUAUUUUUAUUUCCGGAAGAGUGCUCCAACGAAACUUUUCCGAUUAUCAUCUCUGUUGCACCAGCAAAAGCGCGGAAUUUCAACAACCCGCGUCGUUUAUUAUAUUUUUUUAUAUAUUCUAUAAGCAAAACCAUUAAAUUACGAAUUAAGGAGACGUAAGAGAUGGAAGGCAAGAAAGUAAGAGAAACGUGUACCAUUUACAAAUAACUAUCCGGUGUUUUACGUUGAUUAAUGGUGGCGCAAGUUCUUCUCAAUUCGACAUUCAAAAAGACCGAAACAUUGAAACUCAUUAAGAUUUGUAUGAUUUCAUAAAAUAUGAUGAUUCUGAACCAUUCUAAAAAAAAUCAGCAUCGAUCUCUGAGCUGCAUAUCUAUUUGUUUCUUGUUUUUCGAUGUUUUUUCAGAACUUUUUCAAAAUCAUGUAAAUAGAUGAAAUUAUUGAUUUUCUAUUUCGUUUUCUACUGCAUAUUCAAUCAGUACAUCGGAUGCAUCGAGUAAUUCAAAAAUAUAUCUCAAAAAAGUAGAAUCAUAAGUUUCGUAAUAUGAAAUUCAUUUUUUUUUUAUAAAAUUCUUUGUCUUGAAUGUAAAAUUGAAAACAACUAACGCCGCAAUUACCGGGCGCUAAAUACUGGAUAUGUUUCUAGGAAAUAAUUAUUUUUACACAUAGAUACACAAUCUUAGACUUACAAAUAUAUAUUCAUAUACAUUUAUUUCCUUUUUGUUAACAUUAUUUUUAUUUAUUUAUUUUUAGAAUGUCGGAAGCUGAAUAGUGAAAAAAAAUUAGCAUAAUUUUACACACCCUCUUCUACCCACAAACAAAAUAAAAUAAUAAAAACGAAACUAAAGUACACAAACACACCAACACUUGUAAACAAACAUCACACGGAAGACAGUUUGAUAUGUAAAUAGCAACAAAACAUAAAUCAAAGCAACCCGGUUGAAGUUAUCUGUCAAAAAAAAGAAAAGAAAUAUAAUCAUGUGACACUCUGACAUAUUCAAAAACUCACUUACGACCAGCACAUGGGGGCAGGCCCCCCUCUAGCGACUCGGAUGUCAAUGACCGAUUAGAUUUCACCUCUUUCCAAAAAAAAUGCAAAUUCUCAACAAAAACACUCAAAACCACACUACCAACACGUACUAACUGAGUAAAAAAACACUACUAAAAAGCUUUGAUGUUGGAACUCCAACAGGUGGCACGCCGCCAGUUGACGAUCGGAAGGGGGAGUACGGGGCAUGUUCGCUGUUUCGCGUUCGAAAUUUAGGACAAUUCACUCUAUUCGGCCAAUGUGACAAAACAAAAGCGAAGCGCGACAUGUUUCGGCCCCCCUUUGUACUGUCCGCGCCUAGCGACAGCAAUGCGCUGGCGAUGUCCCACCUGUAGCGAGAAUUGUUCUGGAAAACUAAAAGUGUUACAUCUAACGAAACUAUUGAUCGCUAUCCAAUUUAAUUUUCCAUCUUCUGUAGAUACAUAAACGGCGAACCGGGACAAAGAAAAAUUGAUCUACAAAUAUAUAAAUGUGUAUAUUCUGCAAAGAAACAUAGAAACAUGUAAAUCACACAAAUACCGAGAAGGAAAGAUAUUUUUUUUCUCCGCUACAUAUAUAGCUUUUAGUUGGUAGAGUUUAGUUAACCCUCCGUACCCCGAAUACGCAUCUCCUCGUCCAUCGUGAUCCCCAACAGCCUCCCACCCAGAUUCAUCAUUUAUUUUGUUUUGGAUGUACAUAUCGUAAGAAUUUCGACCUGACUUUCUGUUCUAACCUUUACUAUAUUUCGGGUUUGAGAUUGAAACAUGAAAAAGUUGAACGAGCAAAACAUAAGUACGUCACUCACAGACAAACAAAAAAAUCCGAAGAAAGAAUAAUGCAACAGUUGUGCAAGCAAACAGAAAAGCGAAAGAUCACCACCCGCUUGGAAUAUGGAGCGAUCUAUUAUUGCGUUGAGGAUGACGAGUGAAUACAUUUCUGCAAAAUUAUGAAUCAAUAACAGUAACAAACAGCAUCCAACAACUGUCAUGACGAUAAAUGAGAAAUUCAUAAUGAUGAUGAAAAUGAAGAAGAAAAAGAUGAUUUUGUUCGCAAUCGAUUUAAGAGAUACAGUUUUUUUUAGUUUUAAGUAAUACAAUAUUAUACAUAUUAUAAAUAUAUACACGGUAUUAGAUAAAAGUAA